GGUAGAUUCAGAGGUUUUUGAGGAGCUCAUAAAAGAGUUCCAUGGACCUUUCCUAGUUUCAUUGGCCAAUGAAGCACCUUGUAACCCUCACUUCACAUCAUCUCCAGGGUCUACUGCAUCUGACGAGACAGUGAUCCUCAACUUCUCCCAGCUUGAGCCAGCCGAGGACCCUGUUGCAGCCCAAGGCAGUCAACCUAAAAGGCCUUGCCGGAUCAACUAUGAAGCAAGAGCUCUGAUUGAAAAAAUCCUGACUACAAAGCCUGGAGGUGACCGUAUCAUGGAGGAGUAUGCCAAAACAAAAUCAAUCACGGAUUCAACCAGAAGACGGCUCAUCAACAUACUUACUGCAGAAAUGACCGAAACACAUGGGACCUCGCCACCCCGGAGUGUGAAAGUGAUGUAUGCACAGGGGAUUAUCGCUCUGUUUCCCUACCUUGAAGACCCAUACUCACAGAAUGGAUUUGAACACUACUACGACCCGGAAAGCGGUUCAGGAUACAUUGCUUGGCGGUUGAAGACUAUUCAACGAAAAGCUUCAGAGGAAAGAGGUCCAGCUGUUAGAUCUCCUAAAGUUGGUGGGCCAGGCCAUGGACGUACUACACCCCUUACUGACAAAGUCCUGACUGAUGAGGAGGUGGAAUCAGCUAUCGCUGUGUUGAGACAUUCUGCUGAUGAGGAAACCAUCCGUGAAAAAAUGAAAACCACCUUCAGUUACCGCCAAGCAAUGGUCAAUGACCAUGACAAAUCGGCAGAGGUCUUCUCAGUUUUUCCACGAUUCCUGGACACACAGGGACUGGUAGAGCAGGAUUUCAGACUGAUGUUUGGCGAGCAGACUGCCAAUAAGUUCCUGGAGAGAUGGCCUACCACUUUCAAAGCAAGAGUCAUCAAGGAAAGCCAUGGACUUGUCCCCUCCACAGACCUUCUUGAUUUGAUGCACAAUGCUGAGACAUCCACUGAAGUUGAAAAUGGGUGGGACAGUGACAUGUCUGCCAUCAUACUGCUGCUACAUCUGCUACCGCCAUCUGCACAGGGACGCAAGAGGCCAGGGAAGAUAUCAGCAUCUAAUGCCGUCGAUCACCUCAUCAAAUUUCAAAAGACGGGAACAAGCCUGCAGCAGCAUCUAGACAACAUCACUCAAAGCCGUCAGCCCUACAUCCUUGCACAGGGACCCACAAAAAGCAGCAUUCACUCCUUCUUCAUUGCCAUCGACAAGCACGCACUUCCAUGCCAAGCCACCACCUCAGUCGGAGCCCUGGAUGAACUCUUCAAGGCCCACUUUGUCUUUGGUACAUCUUACAGUCCUGCCUUGAACAAUUUUUUCACUUUUCUCCAAACUGCCAUUUACAACAUUGAUGUAGGGAAAACUAAGGAAACGCCAAGAAUUGCAGAAUUGCGAGCUAGAAUGGUGCGUUAGACACCAUUUAAAGAAAAAUGAGGUGCUUUCUUUGCAGU